AUGGAGCAACGUGUUGUUGGUGUGCUUGGCGCUGGCCAGCUAGGCCGUAUGUUCGUCGAAGCAGCCGCUCGCCUCAACGUACAGGUCAAGCUGCUCGACGUCGGUGACACUGCUCCUGCCAAGCAGAUCAACUACCUUCCUGGUCCCGACGGCAAGUCGCAACACAUCGAUGGCAGCUUUGCCGACCCCGAAAAGAUCCGCCAGCUCGCCUCUCAGGUGGAUGUGCUCACCAUCGAAAUCGAGCACGUCGACGCUACCCAGCUGCAAAAGGUGCUUGACGACAAGCUCGUCGAUGCUGUUCACCCGCUCCCGCCCACCAUCGCACUCAUCCAGGACAAAUACCUGCAAAAGGUGCACCUCGCCGGCAAGGGCUUGCCUCUCGCGGAGUACGUCGCCGCUGGGCCCGAGGACAUGUCGAAAGCCACGGAUAGCGAGCAGGCACGCUCUGCACAGAUCACAGCCGUCGCCGACAUCGGAGAGAAGUUCGGGUUCCCGCUCAUGCUCAAGUCGCGCACGCAGGCAUACGAUGGAAAGGGCAACUAUGUCGUCAAGUCGGCCGACCAGGCUUCUGCGGCUGUCGCUGCGCUCGGAGACGGAAAGCGCGGCCUCUACGCUGAAAAGUGGGCGCCAUUCGAGCGCGAGGUAGCCGUAAUGGUGGUGCGCAGCGCUACCGGCGAAGUGCGAGCCUACCCUGCGGUCGAGACGGUCCACAAGAACAGCAUCUGCCACACCGUGUUUGCGCCGUUGCGAACUGCCGAUCCUGGCGUGGAAGCCCGUGCGCGAAAGAUUGCCGAAGAGGCGGUAGCCACCUUUGGCGGAGCUGGUGUGUUUGGUGUCGAGAUGUUCUUGAUGCCCGACGGUGAGCUGCUCAUCAACGAGAUCGCACCACGACCUCACAACUCGGGACACUACACAAUCGAGGCGGCUGACACGAGUCAGUACGAGAAUCACGUUCGAGCCAUCCUGGGCUUGCCACUGGGGAGCACCGCUCUCAAGGUGCCAUCGGCCGCCAUGAUCAACAUCCUCGGCUUGGCCGAUUCCGACAAGGAUGACGAAGCGGUUGCCAAGACACUCGUCCCUGCUGUCGUCAGCCUGGAUGUGCCUGGCACCACAUGUCACCUCUACGGCAAAGCGGGCUGUCGCAAGGGAAGGAAGAUGGGUCACAUCACCAUUGUCGGUCAGAGCGACGCUCAGGUUCGAUCGCGCCUGCACAUCGUAGAAGAAGCGCUGGACAAGGCUACGGAGCUCGCCGAACAGGGCGGCAAGCUUCCGUCCGAACUCACGCUUCCCGGCGUUGUCGCUCAAAAUGCUUCCGCCUCUGCUUCGGCAUCAAAGGCAGCAAGCGCACCAUCGCCCAAAUCCGCGGCAGACUUUUCGCAUCCUCAGCCCUUGGUGGGCAUCAUCAUGGGCUCGGAUAGCGAUCUGCCGGUGAUGAUGGCGGCGGCCGAGAUCCUCAAGAAGUUCGAUGUGCCGUUCGAGCUGUCGAUUGUGAGUGCUCACCGUACACCCGACCGCAUGCGCACCUACGCCCGCAGUGCCCCCGCCCGUGGGUUGAGGGCGAUCAUCGCAGGUGCGGGUGGAGCAGCUCACUUGCCAGGAAUGGUGGCAGCUCAGACCGCACUCCCCGUCAUCGGCGUUCCCGUCAAGGGCAGCACGCUGGACGGUGUUGAUUCGCUGCACAGCAUCGUGCAGAUGCCGCGCGGCAUUCCCGUCGCAACGGUGGCCAUCAACAACAGCACCAACGCGGCGCUGCUUGCGAUCCGCAUUCUGGCUGCUGCUGAUCCAUCGUACCUGGACAAGAUGCAAAAGUACAUGGAGGAGAUGGAGAACGAGGUGAACGGCAAGAUUGAGCGCCUCGCGAACGAGGGUUGGGAAUACACGCUCAAGAAGUAG